AUGCCGCAAUAUGCUGAUCACUUUUUGGAUAACGAAAUCGUCGGCGAGGCCCUCGUCGCCCUCCUCCACGACGACCUCAAGUCCAUGGGCAUCACCAGCGUCGGACACCGCCUGACUAUCCUGAAGAACGUCUACGAUGUGAAGAGAGCGCAGGAUGUGCCCACGGAGAGCGAUCACUACGUGCCCCUAUUCUUUUGGCUAGCCGCCGACGCCGAGGCCCAAUAUGCCACGGCCACCCUCAAAGACAUCAAGCACCUUGUCGAGCAGCUGCGACUACGAGACGAGCGCGUCAGCAUGGUCGAGCAGGACCUGCGGCGCCUAAGCGAAGAUUUUCGGCGGUUACGCGAGGACAUGCUGCCGGCGCUACGCAUGGCCAAGGACACCUCGCAGCCCCUGCCCAAUGUCAGCAAUAACCCCACACCAACCUACGGCUACGAGACGACCAUUUCACCACCAGCGCCGACGCCAUCAUCGGCGCAGUCCAAUGCUGGCCUCAUGCGGCAAUACUCGACCAAGAAGAUCAUGCUCGGCACCCUGCCGCCCAAGAACCCCUCGCCCUCCCCCCUACAGACGCAACACGAACGCUCCAUAGCCGAGCAGACGCUAGACCCGUCCCCUGCCGUCGAGAGGGCGCUGCUCUCCUCCUCCCACCUCUCCGCCAUGAACGGCUCCGGCCCCAACGCCACAUCCCCGAUAUACCACAACUCGCCCAACAUGCCCUCGCCAACAUCACCACCCGUCAUGGGCGGCACGACCCUAGGCUCCCGCUCCUACCGUUCGGAAGCCCCGACACCUUCAUCCCGCACCACCUUUUCCGAAAGCGACUACGGCCACAAGGGCCGCGAGCAGCCCGUGUCCGUACCGCGGCGUGGGCCGACCCCGGCCCCGGACACGCCGAGCACGAGUAACGCCUCGGUCGAGAUCUUCAAAUCGUUCCGCGUCAGCAUGGACGAUCCCUGCUACAAGGUCCUGCCCGCCGCCCUGAAAAAGUACCAGAUCAACGCACCAUGGGACCAGUACGCACUCUACAUUGUCUACGGCGACCAGGAACGAUGCCUGGCCCUCGACGAGAAACCCCUGAUCCUCUUCAAGCAGCUUGACAAGGAGGGCAAAAAGCCCAUGUUCAUGCUGCGCAAGACGAACAAUGCACCAGCUGACGGCGACCAACCCGGGAGUGCAGGCCUCGGCACAGGGUCCUCAAGGGGUGGUACGCCGUAUGAUCCUCCAGGAGGCAUCAUCUAA